CCUACAUUAGCAGACCGAAUGUUGUGUUAGCCGUGGAGCUAAAGCAGCUGAGAGACGAGAAAUAUCCGUUUUUUGUUUUUAAAGGUUUAAGGUUUUGAAAGUUCAUUUAUUGAUCCUCGUUCAGUCUCUAUUGGGGACGUUACAGGGCUACUGACUAAGGAUGUCUGAGAAAAUAAAGGCAGAGGCAGAAGACCCUGGAGGGCUCAGUCAGGUGUCCCUCAUAGCUGCAGCAUCUCCAACAGAGCUGGAACAGAAACAUGAUAGCAAAGAUAUCAUCCAACAGAUUGUUGUGAUUAAAGAAGAGGUUCCCCAUGACUGGAGCCCCAGUUCAGCUCAACAGGACCCCAGGCCCAAGGACAUAAAAGAUGAGAACAAAGUGUGGGUACGUGAGGAUGAGGAGGGGCAGAGUGAGAACACAGAGGAACCUCAGUCGACUGAGCUUCAUCAAACCAAAACUAAGGACAGCGGAGAGGCAGAAGCUUCAGGCAGCAGCUCAGCUACACAGAUGAAAGCAGAACUUAAUGGAGAGAAAUGUGGAGUAGCAGAACCUGACAUCGGUUCAGCUCAAACGGGUUCUACUCAACAAAGUAAGGGGUCUGUCCCUAAAAGAGGUAAAACAUCUAAACUGAAUUCAACGCUAAUGGCUCAGGUUGGAGUCCAUGGAGGAGAGAAGCCAUUUGGUUGCAAGGUUUGUGGCAAACGCUUAAAACAUUUGACUUCGAUGAAGUUACACCUGAUGUCACACAAUGGAAAUAUAGAACAUAUCUGUGAUUUUUGCGGAAAGGGAUUUAAAGAAAAGAGUACUCUUCGGACACACAUAAGACUCCACACUGGCGAGAAACCGUUUGCAUGUGAUAAUUGUGGUCGAAGGUUUCAUGAAAAAGCUAAACUUAAAACUCAUCUAAAAGUCCAUUCUGUUGAAAAACCUUUUUCUUGUGACAUAUGUGGCACCAGAUUUAAACGAAAGGAAAAUAUAAAGAAGCACAUGAGGAUCCACACUGCAGAGAAACCCUUUGUUUGUAGUGUUUGUAGGAAAAGAUUUUCACGACAAGAGACUCUAAAGAGACACUUACAUGUUCACACAGGAGAGAAACAUUUUUUUUGUGAUGUUUGUAGUAAAGGAUUUGCUCUAAAACAUCAUCUCAAAAACCACAUGGAGGUUCACACAGCACCAUUUAGUUGUAGCGACUGUAGUAAAUGUUUUGUAAAUGAAAUGCAGUUAGAGCGACAUGUAAAAGUCCACUCAGAAGAGAGACCGUUUGGAUGUGACGUCUGUAAAACCAGAUUUUAUCAAAAGUGUCAGCUUGAAAAUCACAUGCGAGUCCAUUCAGGAGAGAAACCCUUUGUGUGCACCGUUUGCACUAAAGCAUUUUCUCGACUUGGAAAUCUGAAGAAACACAUGGAGGUUCACAGAAGCUUUAAGUAAUAGUUAUUUAGAUCAUAAACAAAUAUGUCAAAUCAGUUGAAGGUGUUGUAGACCUGUGCAUCUGUUUGGUUUGUCUUCUGCAGAAGCAAAAAACUUUCCCAUUUUCUCUCUUGUAAAUAACUAAACUGAAAGUAUGAGUAAAAUGAACUUUUUAGGAUUACCUUAUAUAAGUGCUUUAAAUGUUUAAAACUUGAUGUUUGCUUUGUAUGUAAGUAGCUUUAUUAGGGCUGCAACAACGAAUCGAUAAAAUCGAUAAAAAUCGACUUU